AUUGGCAACGUCGCGACUUGGAUUCCCACAGAGGCUCCUGUCGCCGAGUUCGACUUUCUCCAGCCUCACCCCCAGCGCAACCCGCGACGUCCUGCCCACCAUGAGCUACGGGAAGAAGGACGAAGACGCCGACACGGGUCUGGUCAAAAUCGACCGGACCCAGGUUUUCCAGGAAGCUCGUCUCUUCAACUCGUCGCCCAUCCAGCCGCGGAGAUGUCGCAUUCUCCUCACAAAAAUCGCCCUUCUUCUCUAUACGGGCGAGAAGUUCCCCACCACGGAAGCGACGACGCUCUUCUUUGGCAUCUCGAAGCUCUUCCAGAACAAAGAUGCCAGCCUGCGCCAGAUGGUCCAUCUGGUCAUCAAAGAGCUGGCAAGCUCUGCCGAGGACAUUAUCAUGGUCACGAGCACCAUCAUGAAGGAUACCGGCGGCAGUACCGACUCGAUCUAUCGCCCCAACGCCAUCAGAGCCCUCUGUCGCAUUAUCGACGCAACUACGGUCCAGUCUAUCGAGCGCGUCAUGAAAACGGCCAUUGUAGAUAAGAAUCCCUCAGUAUCGUCGUCAGCCCUCGUAUCGUCGUACCACCUCCUCCCCAUUGCCAGGGACGUGGUCAAGCGGUGGCAGAGCGAGACCCAAGAGGCUGCAGCGAGUACAAAGUCUUCUAGCGGCUUCUCCCUAGGCUUCUCGUCAUCCUCGGGUGCCCUCCCCGUCAACAACUCGACCAUGACACAGUACCACGCGAUUGGCCUGCUCUACCAGAUGCGGAUGCACGACAGGAUGGCCUUGGUCAAGAUGGUUCAGCAGUUCGGAGCGGCUGGUGCCAUGAAGAACCCCGCCGCCAUCGUCAUGCUCGUCCGGCUUGCCGCCCAGCUGGCCGACGAGGACCCCCAGCUCAGGAAGCCCAUGAUGCAGCUGCUGGAUGGCUGGCUCAGGCACAAGAGCGAAAUGGUCAACUUUGAGGCAGCCAAGGCCAUCUGUGACAUCCGCGAUGUCACCGACGCCGAGGUAUCGCAGGCCGUCCACGUCCUCCAGCUCUUCCUCACCUCGCCCCGCGCUGUCACAAAGUUCGCCGCCCUCCGUAUCCUGCACAACAUUGCCACGUUCAAGCCGCAUACCGUCAACGUGUGCAACCCGGACAUUGAGCUCCUCAUUUCCAACAGUAAUCGCUCGAUCGCCACCUUCGCCAUCACCACGCUGCUCAAGACGGGCAACGAGGCCAGCGUAGACCGGUUGAUGAAGCAGAUUUCCGGGUUCAUGUCGGAAAUCACUGACGAGUUCAAGAUUACCAUUGUCGAGGCUAUCCGGACGCUCUGUCUCAAGUUCCCUAGCAAACAGGCCGGCAUGCUUCAGUUCCUCAGCGGUAUUCUGCGAGACGAAGGCGGCUACGAGUUCAAGCGCGCCGUGGUGGAGAGCAUGUUUGAUCUGAUCAAGUUUGUUCCCGAUUCAAAGGAAGAGGCGCUCGCCCAUCUCUGCGAGUUCAUUGAGGACUGCGAGUUUACGAAGCUGGCUGUCCGUAUCCUUCACCUCCUUGGCGUCGAGGGUCCCAAGACGUCACAGCCUACCAAGUACAUCCGGUAUAUCUACAACAGGGUCGUCCUGGAGAAUGCCAUCGUCCGUGCCGCGGCUGUCACAGCGCUGGCCAAGUUCGGCGUUGGCCAGAAGGACCCCGAGGUCAAGCGGAGCGUGGACGUGUUGCUUACACGCUGCCUGGACGAUGUUGAUGACGAAGUACGGGAUCGUGCUGCCCUGAACCUAAGGCUGAUGCAUGAGGAGGACGAGCUGGCCACGAAAUAUGUCAAGAACGACAACAUGUUCGCGCUUCCGUAUUUCGAGCAUCAGCUGGUCAUGUACGUCACGUCAGACGACAAGUCGGCCUUUGAGACACCAUUCGAUAUCUCAAAAAUCCCAAUCGUCACACGGGAGCAAGCAGAUGCCGAAGACAGGACGAAGAAGCUUACCGCUACGGCCCCGUCCCUCAAGCCGCCAAAGGUUGGCCCAACAAAGGCAGCGCCAUCGGCCGCCGAAGCCGCCGCUUCGGCCUCGGCAGCGGCGCAGCAAUACGCCCAGGAGCUCAUGCAGAUCCCCGAAAUGAGAGAGUUCGGCAGCGUCCUAAAGUCGUCACCGCUCGUGGAGCUAACAGAGGCCGAGACCGAGUACGUGGUCGGCGUGGUCAAGCACAUCUUCAAGGAGUACAUUGUGUUACAGUACGAGGUCAAGAACACCCUACCAGCGACAAUAUUAGAGAAUGUUUCGGUGGUGGCAACCCCGUCCGACGAAGAGGAGCUCGAGGAGGUGUUUAUCGUCCAGGCUGAAAAGCUCGAGACGGACGUCCCUGGGAAGGUCUACGUGGCGUUCCGGAAGGUCAAUGGCGAGGGCUCCAUGCCCGUCUGUACCUUUUCCAACGUCCUCAAGUUUACCAGCAAGGAGAUCGACCCCACGACCAACGAGCCUGAAGAGAGCGGGUACGAGGACGAGUAUGAGGUGUCGGAGUUUGACCUGUCAGGUAGCGACUACGUCAUCCCGACAUUUGCUAGCAACUUUGCCCAUGUGUGGGAGCAAGUGGGUGCCCAGGGGGAGGAGGCCGAGGAGAUUUUGGCGCUGAGCGGCAUGAAGAGCAUACCAGAGGCAACCGAACAACUAGCCAAGGCGCUAUCCCUCCAACCGCUCGAGGGGACAGACGUGCCCGUCAACCAGACAACGCACACGCUGAAGCUGCUCGGAAAGACGGUCAAUGGCGGAAGGGUGGUGGCCAACGUGCGGAUGGCGUUUUCGUCAAAGACUGGCGUGACGACAAAGAUCACGGUGAGGAGCGAAGAGGACGGCGUGGCGGCUUUGGUGGUGGGAUCGGUUGCGUAAUGACGACAUGGGAUGGACAGGUGGGCGUUAUGCUUGUUUUCUGUUUUGUUCACUGUCGAGAGAGAAAAAUUCAUGAGGAAGCUACAGAUGACGGCCGGGCUAAAGGUUCCAGUAGGAAGUUGUGCUGUGCUGCUGCUAUACGACUAACCGAAAGACUGCUGGGUUUUGAGGAGCUGGGUUCGGGGGGGGUUGGAGUGGUUGAAUGCAUGUCGUGCUUGCUCCGUCACGUCAGUUGGCAGGUUGACAUCCCUCAUUCUGCGCGAGACGCGUAACAUACCUAUCUCAGUAGACCCUCUAGCUAUGCCCUCUGAGAUCCGGAGCCCUACUGCAGGACGUGGCGUCCGCUGUGGGCAGCAAAUCGGGCGGGGGGGCGCUCCAAUGAAUGCCAGUAAAACUCCGAG